AUGGCGGGCGAGGCGGCGGCGCUGCUGGCGGCGGCGCGGGCGGAGCUGCGGGCGCGGCGGCUCUCGGCGGCCGAGGAGCUCUUGAGCCGCUUCAUCGCCCGCAGCCCCCCGGGCGCCCGCAGCGACCUCGCCACGGCGCUCAACGAGCGCGGGCAGGCGCGGUACUUGCGCGUGGAGUUCGCCGCCGCCGUGCAGGACUUCACGGCCGCCAUCGAGUGCCAGCCCGGCUUCGAGGUGCCCUACUACAACCGCGGGCUGGUGCGCUACCGGCUGGGAGACUUUGAUGAGGCCAUGAAAGAUUUCAGAAAAGUAUUAGAGUUAAACCCCCAGUUUGAAGAUGCUGCAUUGAGUCUAAAACAGGCUAUUCUUGAUAAAGAAGAAAAACAGAAGCGGGGUUAUUGAAAAUUCAGGUAGUGAUGUGAUGUGAAAGUGUUCCACUAAACGUGAUGUUUGUCAUUGAUGGAUGAAACACAAGAUCAUCUGUUAUGACCUGUUGAAGAACUUCAUUCUUGGGUAAAUAAGUUAAAAAUUGAUUAUGAUUGCAAAAUAAACUGGGUUUUGGAUAUUUUUAGUCUUGAGGGAAAGUAUAAUGUUGAUCUCUGUGAGACGCAUGUACAGAUUUUGUACAGAAAUAGUUCGUAGUUCUGUAAAAAAUGUAUUGGCCAGAUUAAUUGAAAAUAAAAGAUGAACAUGUA